ACAACCAUCAACAUUAAUUUCAACACAAAGUCUUCCAUCAUCAAAUAUAGGAACAUCGACUUCAAUUAUAAAAUCAUCAUCAACAAAUAAAUCUAAUGAAAAACGUUCAACAAAUGCAAUAUCUGCUUUACGUCGUCGAUUUGUUGGUGGUGGUAGUAGUUCACAUCGACGAGAUCGUAGUAUUCCAGAAGAUGAUCAUUCACAAAUUGAACAACAACCAAUAGAAACAAUAUCAGCCGAUGACAUUCUUGCAAGAUAUUCAAGCAAAGGAUCGACUAAUAUUGAUAAUGGAUCAAAACUAAAUACAACAGCAGAUGAAAGUCAUCCAGAAACGAUUCCAGUUGAAACAUUUACUGAUACACUUCCUUACUAUGAUCCAACAAAUUUGGAUACAUGUCGAGCAUUUAUUGAUGCAAAAAAAAAAUUACGUAUUGUACUUGCAUCAGUUGAUACUGAUUCAAUAAAUUAUCUUAAUUCACCAAUAAAUUUUAGUCAAUAUUUACCAUCACAACAACAACAAAAUAGUUCAUCAAAUCGUAAAUCAUCAAAUAAUUUAAUACUUUUUCUACGUUCUCAACUUUAUGAAGCAAUUGCUAUACAAGAUCGUGAUUUACAAGCACAAGUAUAUGAAACAUUACGUUGUGUACAACAAUUUAAUGAAAAUGAAUGUAAAGAAUUAAUUCGUUCAAUGAUUGAUGAUUAUCGUUCAAGAUCUGUUUAUAUUGCUUAUCUUGUUAAAAAUAAUGAAAAUCUUCUUAAUAUUACAUAUCAUCAAGAUAGAUUACUUGUACGAAUACAACGUGAUCAAGAUUUAUGUAAACUAAAUCUAAUAAAUUAUCUUGUUAAAUUAUUUCUUGAUUGUAAAGAGCAUUUAUUACAAAAAUUAAUUGAUAAAUUUUCACAUUUAUCAAGUGCUGAAGAAAAAAUGCAUUUAAUAGAAUUAUUUCUUCAAGAUUGUUGUCGAGAAAUAACAUCUGAUAUUAAUUGGAAAACUGCUUCACCCGAACAAUUUGCUAUGUCACAAACAUCAAUUGAACGUAUGGUUAUGGCAAAAAUUUAUACAGCUGCAUUAUAUCCAAAUGGACAAAUUGAUGUUCAACGUGAUCAAGUUUUCAGUAGUCAUAUACGAACACUUGCUGAACAACUUGAUCCUAAUCAUCAAAAAUUACGUAUACAAAAAAUAUGUCAAAGGGAAUGUCCAUGGCCAUCAGCUCAAGCUGAACUUCGUUUAAUUAAUGCCUAUAAAACUCCUCGUGAUAAAGUUGGAUGUGUACAACGAUGUAUACGUAUAAUACAAAAUUUAAUUCGUUUAGCAUCAAAUUCAGCUGCUGGUGCUGAUGAUACAAUUCCAAUAUUAAUUUAUGUUAUUGUUAAAGCUAAUCCACCAAAUCUUCUAUCAAUUAUGCAAUAUGUACAAGAUUUAUAUUCAUCACGUUUUACAGAUGAAGAAAGUUAUUUUUGGACAAUGUUUGUAUCGGGUGUUAAAUUUAUAAAUGAGAUGAUUUAG